AUGCAUAAAGAGCUCACACUUCAAGAGCAACUUGAUAAGCUCAAAGGGAUACUUGCGGAGACGCGUUCGACAACGUUUUGGGAGUCUCUCGCAAUUCUGGACGAAACCAAAGACAGAGACAUUCUUGAGACUCACGAAAGUGACAUACCUGGUCUACGACAUCUCAAAGUCUCAAUUCAGAAAGAAAUAGAGUCCAUCGAAACUCAUCUGGCUCUGGAGGCGGAGGGUAAAUCUCAAAACCCUCUAUCUACCAAUACUCUUUAUUAUCUCGCUCUUUGGCACGAGAUCCUACUUGCACCGCGGCCAAUCAUCGCACUUGGAAGGCAUUUCGACUUGCCCAAGGAGGGAGUCUACACCGAAGCCAAAAGUGGAAAGAAGAUCAAUAAAGUCAAAGUCGACAUUGUGGCUGAGAACGGCCGACGCUGGUUGCGAGUCAACACCACCAAAGAAUCGCGCUUAGUUACAGAGUUUAGGGCAAUAGAAGCCUUUGGCUACGAGUCUGAGGACGAGGACGUAUCCGACGCUGCUACUCGACGGUUGCCGAUGGACAAAUACCUGGAUAAUACCGCAGAGAACGGCGGGGACCGCCCAAUCAUUCAGUUGCGAUUGAGCAGGCUAGGACAUGGAGAGAACGAAAUACAGGACGAGCGGAUCAAGCAUACAUUAACACGGCUGACUGAUCUGGGUAUCAAGGUUUCAUUCGCUCCCGAGGCAUCCAGUAUACAGCUCGUUCCAGAGCCAGCUCCCCCUUCGGGUUUUUAUAUACCCUCUCAAAUCAAUCUCGAUCUUUCUAUGCUUAUUGCAAUUGUUACGGACAUAUCUCAUGCCCCGCUGCCUCCCACCCGGGAGGCGGUGGACGAGCUAUUCCGGCCUCAAGCAGAACGAUCAUGGAGGCGCCAGAUGGAGAAGAACCCCAAUCUACCAGACGAAUCUUUGGAGCAUUGUAGAGCUUUGGCAGAGCAAACACGCCAUGAAAUGGAUCAUGGACUGAUUGAGAACAUUUACCAGCAUCUCCGCUCCUCACCGGACGCCGAUAGCGCACAUUUCUGGACCACAAACGAAGCAAAGACCCGUUUGCUUGCAAUUAUAGAGAAAAUAGGGGGAGAGGAUGAGCUCCGGCGAGCACGAGCGAUGUUCUCGCUGGAGCACGAGGCACCCGAGUUGUUUUGGUUAAACUCUCGCAUCCCUGUGGAGCAUAGACCUAAGAUCAUACCUAUUCUCAUUCUUCCCGACGAAGAACCCCUAGGGACGGCGAAUCUCUCUAUGUUUCAGAGGCAGGUCAUGACUACGUGCAACGCCAUUCUGUCGAGGCCACUGCGGCCGGAGAUCAAAUCCAAUCAUCCUGACAAGUCGAUACAGGCACCAAUGCGGUUCGCAGCUCGCUUGUCGAUGCAUACAAUCCAGUCUCUGCUGCUGGGGGCUCAGUCGGGAAUGCUGACUGUGACCAGCAAUAAGACGAGCGUCAAGCAUCUUCUCAGAGAGAUGAGGGGCUUUUCUUUGCCUUCAGCUCUCCAUUCUACUGCAGAAACCCAUGCCACCUCUCCGCUCGCCAUCCUGGUUCUAGAGCCAAGAUCUCUAUCGCAGUCCAUGAGAAUUGAUUAUGCAUCCAACUCUUGA